AUGGCUGCUCCCACAAGAACUUAUCUUGCAUUCCAGCACAAUGCAAAGUUGUACUCUCUCGCAACAGCAGUCCGAUCAAUACGUUCAGCAACUUCGCUGGAAGAAGCCAACCAAUCUCUAUUCAAACAAGCCGGCGAAGAUGACCGCGUAGUCAUCACCGAGCAAACGAUUUUCCACCCUCAAGGCGGCGGUCAACCCUCGGACGUGGGCAUCAUGAAGACAUCAAGCAGCACUUUCAACGUCAGCGCCGUACGCAUGGAUGCAGUUUCCUCAGGCCAAGUCCUGCAUUUCGGACGUUUCGAAUCCGGACACGACGCGUUCAAAGAGGGAGAAACAGUCACCCAGGAGAUCGAUACAGAGAAACGUCUGCUCUACUCACGACUCCACACCGCCGGUCACGUCUUGGGAGCUGCGACCCGCAAACUUCUCGAAGACAAAAUCGAAGGAUUCGACGAAUUGAAAGCUUCCCAUUUUCCCGACGCCGCAUCCUGCGAAUUUGCAGGUUCCAUCGAAGGAAAAUGGAAAGAAGCGAUUCAGAAAAAAGUAGACGAGUACGUGGAUGCGGAUUUGCCUGUUGAGAUUGAAUGGUGGAGUGAAGAUGACUUCAAAGCAAACGGAUUGGAGAGAUUGAUUACCGAGAAUCCGAAUGUGGUCAAGGGAGAAAAGUUUAGGGUGGUCAAGAUUGUGGGUGCGGAUACUUAUCCUUGUGGUGGUACGCAUGUUGAUAGCACGCAAGCUUGUGGGAAGACGACGGUCAGGAAGAUUAGCAGGAGUAAGGGGACGAGUAGAGUUUCUUAUGCUGUUGCAUAG